AUGCCUACCCGAAACAUCAUCGUAACCGGUGCCACGGGAAGACAAGGACGAGCCUUCAUCCAUGCGCUUUUCAACUCUCCAACUGCAACUAGCUCAGAUGUUCCGAACUACCACAUCUGGGCCGUGACGCGAAACCCAACUUCGCCCGCCGCCUCUUCGCUGCUACAGGAUGAACAGAGUCAUGCACAGGACAUCACCAUCGUCCAGGGCAACGUCAACAAUGCCGCGAGGAUAAAGGAGAUUUUUAACCAAAUAUCGGCCGAAGGCGGCAUAUUCGGCGCUUUCAUCGUCUUGGCAUAUCCCGGCCUUGGCAACAAGGGCGACGAAGAGAAGAGACAAGGAAAGAUGCUGGUGGAUCUGGCGCUCGAGUUCAAAGUCGAUGCACUGGUCUAUUCGAGUACGAUCCCGCCUGGACCCGACAUGGAUGAUGCGUAUGAAGCGUCGCAUCGGUCGAAGCGUGAGAUUGAGCUCUAUUGUAAGGGGCUUGGUGAGAGAGGGUUGAAUUGGACCAUCGUACGACCCGGGUUCUUCAUGGAGAACUUUGAAGGAUUCAUGGGCUCGCUCGCUGUGGGCAUCCUCUCACAGGGAUUGAGAAAGGAAACCGAUAUAACUCUCGUGGCAUCAGAGGAUAUUGGCAAGGUCGCCGCUGGGGUAUUCCAAAACCACGGCAGGUUUGCUCACAAGAUACUAUCCAUUACAGGUGGCAGUCUAUCAAUGACCGAGAUCAAAGCAGCCUACAAAGAGGUGAUGGGGAAACAGAUGCCUUCUGUGCCCUCCAUCCUUGCGUGGCUCAUUCUGAAGCUGAGUGCCGGUGCACGGAAUGUGGUCAAGCAAAUCGAGAGAAAUUACGAUGUGAGAGUCAGCGGAGGAUAUCCUACUCUCGAGGAAGAAGUUGAAGCAGCCAAAACAAUUUGCGAGCUACAGAGCUUUCGCACAUGGCUGCUCAAACGGAAAGAGCAUCAUUCCUAA